CUGUCUCUUUCUCUAUCUCUAUCUCUGGGCCAUGAACCUGGGACUGUCUGUGGCUGAGGAACAGUUUUAGACACCUUCCAGACUUUCCUUUUUCAGGUCACACCUCCUUUCAGAAAACAGACAAGUGUGGAACUGUGCUUGUAUAAUGCCUCAAGGCUGGCUGAGCAGCUGGCUGCCCACUUGGCGCCCCACUUCCAUGUCUCAGCUGAAGAAUGUGGAAGCCAGGAUCCUCCAGUGCCUCCAGAACAAGUUCCUGGCCCGAUACGUGUCCCUCCCAAACCAGAACAAGAUCUGGACGGUGACAGUGAGCCCUGAGCUCAGGGACCGCACGCCCCUGGUGAUGGUGCAUGGCUUUGGGGGCGGCGUGGGCCUCUGGAUCCUCAACAUGGAUUCACUGAGCGCCCGCCGCACUCUGCACACCUUCGAUCUGCUCGGCUUCGGGCGAAGCUCUAGGCCAGCAUUCCCGAGGGACCCAGAGGGGGCCGAGGAUGAGUUUGUGACCUCGAUAGAGACGUGGCGGGAGACCAUGGAGAUCCCCAGUAUGAUCCUCCUGGGGCACAGUCUGGGAGGAUUCCUGGCCACUUCCUACUCAAUCAAGUACCCUGACAGAGUUAAACACCUCAUCCUGGUGGACCCAUGGGGCUUUCCCCUCCGACCAACUGACCCCAGUCAGAUCCGUGCACCCCCGACCUGGGUCAAGGCUGUGGCCUCUGUCCUAGGGCGUUCCAAUCCACUGGCUGUUCUUCGAGUAGCUGGGCCCUGGGCGUGGUCACCACCGCUGGAUCCCAUCCCUGCAGCUCACCCAGCACCUGUUGCCAGGAGAGGUCAGGACCAGAGCCUCCAGCCUAGCCCACAGUGGCAGGCAAGCUCCUGCCCCAGUCAGACACCACGUCUUCACCACUUAGUAGCUGUCAGCAAACCCUGGCCCAGCCUGGUACAGCGAUUCCGACCAGACUUCAAGCGCAAGUUUGCAGACUUCUUUGACGAUGAUACUAUAUCGGAGUAUAUCUACCACUGCAAUGCCCAGAAUCCCAGUGGGGAGACAGCAUUCAAAACCAUGAUGGAGUCCUUCGGCUGGGCCCGGCGACCCAUGUUAGAGCGAAUUCACUUGAUUCAAAAAGAAAUGCCCAUCACCAUGAUCUAUGGGGCUAACACCUGGAUAGACACCAGCACGGGAAAAAAGGUGAAGCUGCAGCGGCCGGAUUCCUACGUCCGAGACAUGGAGAUCGAGGGCGCCUCACACCACGUGUACGCGGACCAGCCACACAUCUUCAACACAGUGGUAGAGGAGAUCUGCGACUCGGUUGAUUGAGCUGCUCUCCCUAGAGGGCGAGGAGAAAGCCAGAGAGUCACUCUCACCUCCCUGUCUCCUUACUUACCCCUCUGUCCUUUCCUGACCAACUAACAUGUGCCAGCCAGGCAGAGUCUCGGGCUGUCCCCAGGGCAGGACCACAGAAGGAGAGCACUCCUCUCUAUGCUAAGGGCUAGAGGCAAAAGCCACAAGUGGCCUUGAGCUCCCCACCCCGGGGAAGAACAUAAAGGCUUGCAGAGUGCCACCCCAUUCUCUCCAUGCCGAGUGUUACCCAGGUGUGGCUAUGAAGGGUCACACCAAGCCGCGUCCCCCCUGUGCCAAAGGGAGGGCGGCCGCCUCCCCUGGGCGAAGGAGAGGUUCUCAGUGGCCUUUCCUGGCUCUGGAGUGUGUUGGGUAGGUUCCAUGCAGGAAUAUCUUCCUGCCCCAUCACCCCCGGCCCCCCGGCCAUGCCAGUUCUGUCCGGAGUCUGGUUGGGACUGGUUCCCAUUUAAGUACCAAGAGCACGUCCUGCAGCUCCCGUGACCUGAGAGGUCGUAUCCAAAGCCCUCGUUAACAGAGGAGGCCCAGGGCAGGGCAGGGCAGGGCAUGGCUGGUCCAUGGCGAGACAGCUCUGUUCCAGGAGAGCUGCGGCUGGCACCCGGGUCUGCUGAGAGCCUGUGCUCACGGCAGACUCUGUUUGCCAAGGUUUGAGGCGGGCACCGUUGCCAUGGGGCUGGUCCUGGCUGAGGAUAAGCCCAACCCAGCCCCGCGUUCCAGCCUCAUUGUACGGGGGUGCUGUUUGCCUGCCCUGUGUCUCAGCCCCAGCUGCCUAAGCUGGCAACACUCAAGUGCUUCCUUCCUGCCCCCUCUUCCUCCCGCUGGGAGGCCUCUGGGCCUCCCUCUGUGCCUUGGGCCCUGAAGCCCCACCCACAGUGUUGAGAAAGGUGGCCCCCGGUGGAGAGAAGGGAAAGGCCCUUCAACCCUGAGCUGUGUCUGGAUCCCCAUCCUCUCUAGUAUCCGCAGGGUUUUUCUACCUGCCCCCGGAGCUGAGGCUCAUGUGCGCCUCCGCCCAGGGUCCAGUGGGGAGCCUCCAGUCGGCAGUGGCCUGUCCUCAUCCGCCACAGGACGGUUCUCACUGCCUGGCCCUCCAUCCCUGCCACCUGUCCUUCUGGUCUCCAGCUCAUCAGCCCCCGACCCCGACCCCCCCCCCCGUCACUCUCUCCCAGGGGCUGGUUCCAGGUGCUGCUCCGAGGUUCUGGGCAGUAGGCUGGGCCUGGCCCCAGAACCAGGGCAGCUCCUGCCUACUCCUUCACUUUUGUAAAGCCAACCCUUUCACCAGAAUAGUAUUAACUCCUGGUGCUUUGUACUACUGGUCCAGCUGCCUUGGGCUCCUUUUCUAUAUUAAUAAAGAAAUGAGUCAAAACUG